UUAAAACCCCCCACAAUCCAACGCCCCCAAAUUCCCCAAAUCAGUCCCGACUCCUGAGUCCUGACCAGCAAACCACCCACCCCUCCUCGUCUCCUCUCGUCGCGCCGCCGCCGCCGCCGCAGCGCCAUGCCUCGCCGAAAAGGGAAUGCAUCUGCCUCUGGCAGCCGUCAGCGCCGCCGGCCCGACUCUGACUCUGACGGCGACGAGAGCGUCCCCUCCUCCGAUGACACCUCCGACUUCGAGUUCGUCGCCGAUUUGGAGGAGGCGGCGGAUGACGCCGAUGAUUUUGUCUCCGAUGAGGAGGACGUCGCGCCCGCGCCCGCGCCCGCACCUGCGCUGGCGGUUCCUAGGUAUGUGUACGUGCCGCCACCCCCGGGGCAGCCAGCGCGGAGGCGCAGAGCGAAGGCGAGGGGCAGGAAGAAGGGGAAGGCUGCCGAUAACAGGCCGCCUCUGCCAUGGGAGGAGUGGGAGGAGGCUAAUGAGCAGUGGCUCGACGAACGCAUCGAGACAGCGGACUUGGAGGAGGCAGACGCCUCCCAUGCGCCGGCGGCGCUGCCGGCCGUUCCCACGGCGGAGCCUCCCCCGGAGGUGCUGCUCCAACUGCUGCGCUUCCAGAAAGAGUGGCUUGCGUGGGCGCUGGCGCAGGAAGCAUCGGUCUCGCGCGGCGGCAUCCUCGCCGACGAGAUGGGGAUGGGGAAGACCAUCCAGGGUAUCGCGCUCGUCCUCACCGCGCGCCAGCUCCGCCACCCGGGCUCGGGCCCAUCCUCGCCUCCCUCGCUUUCACUGGGCCUACCGAUCCAGCGGGUUGGCUGCACCCUGGUGAUCUGCCCCGUGGUGGCCGUCAUCCAGUGGGCGCAGGAGAUCGAGCGGCACACGGCCAAAGGCAGCGCUCGUGUGCUGCUGUACUAUGGUGCCCGACGGGGCUCUCAGAAGUAUGAUUUUGACACCUAUGACUUCGUGGUCACCACAUACUCUACCAUUGAGGCAGACUACCGGAAGCACAUCAUGCCACUCAAAAUUCGGUGUGAAUACUGCGAUAAGCUGUUUUACCCCAACAAGAUGAAGGUGCACCUGACAUAUUACUGUGGACCUGAUGCCCUGCGCACUGAGAAGCAGGCGAAGCAAAUGAGCAAGAAGUGGGCUGACAAGAAAGGGAAGGGGAAGAGAAGUGGUUCUAAGAGAAAAAUUAGUGCCCAGGAGGAGGAGGAAGAUAAUGAGGAACUGGGGGAAUCAGAAAGACAAUCUAGGGGCCGAUCGCCUUUACACUCGGUGCGGUGGGAGCGGAUUAUCUUGGAUGAGGCUCACUUCAUAAAAGAUAGACGAUGCAAUACUGCAAGGGCUGUUUUUGCUUUGGAGUCAGAAUACAAGUGGGCUCUGAGUGGAACACCAUUGCAGAAUCGCGUUGGAGAACUUUACUCACUGAUUCGCUUCUUGCAAGUCUUCCCCUACUCAAACUAUUUCUGCAAGGACUGUGACUGUAAGAUACUAGAUACCAAUAUGAAGAAGCAAUGCGACUGUGGUCACUCGUCUGUUAGGCACUUUUGCUGGUGGAAUAAGUUCAUAGCAAGACCAAUACUAUAUGGGGGUCCUGAGGGCCGAAGAGCCAUGAUUCUUUUGAAGGAAAAAGUCUUGAAGGGCAUAGUGUUAAGGCGGACGAAAAAAGGCCGAGCUGCAGAUCUUGCUCUUCCGCCGAAGAUUGUGACAUUGAGGCGGGACUCAUUUGAUAGAAAUGAAAUGGAGUUUUAUGAAGCCUUAUAUACUCAAAGCUGCACACAGUUUGAUUCGUAUGUUGAUGCUGGAACGCUGCUAAACAACUAUGCUCAUAUUUUUGAUCUCCUCACAAGGUUGAGACAGGCCGUCGAUCAUCCAUACCUUGUAGCAUUUUCUAAGUCAGCCGAACUUCGUGAAGGAUACAAAAACGAAGGAAAUCAGACCAUGGAAAGCCAAUGUGGUAUAUGUCAUGAUAUGGCAGAAGAUGUGGUGGUUACCUCUUGUGAUCAUGUAUUCUGCAAGACUUGUUUGAUAGACUACUCCGCAACUUUGGGGAAUGUUUCAUGUCCAUCUUGUUCAAAACCCCUUACUGUUGACCUAACAACGAAAAGCUCAAAAGGAAAGGUCCCUGCAAAUUUGAAGGGAGGCAAACGCUCAGGAAUAUUAGGGAGACUACAAAACCUUGCAGAUUUUAAGACAAGUACAAAAAUUGAUGCUUUGAGAGAAGAAAUAAGAAACAUGAUUGAGCAUGAUGGUUCCUCAAAAGGGAUUGUUUUUAGCCAGUUCACAUCGUUCUUGGAUCUGAUAGAAUUCUCUCUACAGAAGUCUGGCGUCAAGUGCGUGCAACUUAAUGGGAAAAUGAACAUGUCUGAGAAGGGGAGAGCUAUAGACACCUUCAUAAAUGACCCAGAUUGCAGGAUUUUCCUAAUGAGCCUGAAAGCUGGAGGAGUAGCUCUGAAUCUUACUGUAGCAUCUCAUGUUUUCUUGAUGGACCCUUGGUGGAAUCCAGCAGUUGAGAGCCAAGCCCAGGAUCGGAUCCACCGAAUCGGACAAUUCAAGCCUAUCAGAAGCGUGAGGUUUGUGAUCAAGGACACUGUUGAAGAGCGCAUCCUGCAACUGCAAGAUAAGAAGCGACUUGUGUUCGAAGGCACCGUUGGUGACUCCCCGGAGGCCAUGUCUAAGCUUACAGAGGCUGACCUGAAGUUCCUGUUCCAGAACUGACCGUCCCAUGUAUGACCGGCGCCUCACAGGAAGGUCUUCAUCCAUCCAAGAACCUUGGCUGCGCACCGGCUUCUGAGGCGCUCGUGUUGCAUACUACUUCGCAUGGCCGUUUUGACCAUCUUAGCCAGGACGCCGGGGUGCAUCAUCCUGGACCCCUAGUUACCGUACACAUAUACCUAACUCUAGUCUACAUGCUAGUGAAUGUAUGGAACAACAUCCUGAAUCGAGCCUUCUCGUUUGGUAAAAGAGUUAUUGGUCUUGUGUA